AUGGAUUCCGGCGUGCCUUCAGAACCGCCCUCACGGUCGCUUAAGGGGAAAGUUGCGAUUGUGACAGGUGCUGGCUGUCUAGGUGAUGGCAUUGGCAAUGGUCGAGCUAUUUCGAUUCUCCUGGCAGACGAUGGCUGCGACGUGUUGUGUGUUGAUCUAAAUCUGGAAUGGGCCAACAAAACCGUGGAGAUGAUCACAGCUAAACCCAAUCGUGGGCGCGCAAUGUCUUUUUACGCGGAUGUAACAUCUGAAUCGGACUGCGAGUCUGCGGUCCAGGCUGCGAUACAACACUUUGGUCGACUUGAUAUUCUCAUCAAUAAUGUGGGUGUUGGAGGUGCUCCGGGGACGGCUGUCCACGUGGACAUGGCACAAUGGGCCAAAAGCAUGGAGAUUAAUGUGGCCAGCAUGGUCCAGAUGAGCAAAUAUGCGAUUCCUAAAAUGGUCCAGAAUGAGGGCGAGAUCAAGGGCAGUAUCGUCAACAUGGGUAGCGUUGCUGGCUUGAAGGGUGGUACACCACAUCUGCUAUAUCCUACAUCGAAGGGCGCGACUGUCAAUCUGACCCGUGCAAUGGCGGCCCAUCAUGCCCCGGAUGGAAUUCGCGUGAACUGUGUCUGUCCAGGUAUGCUUUAUACCCCCAUGAUGUAUGGCAAAGGGAUGAGUGAAGAAGCCAGAGAGGCUCGCCGAAAGCGUAGUCUUUUGGGCACGGAGGGUAAUGGAUGGGAUUGUGCCGGUGCUGUCGUGUUUCUUGCUGGUCCUCAUGCUCGGUGGAUGACAGGAGUCAUUCUGCCUGUAGACGCAGGGACAACAGCAGCAGUAGGAAUUGGAAUGACAAAGAGUGCAAGUGUUAAC